GUGCAAGAUCGUGAAGGUAUACCAUUUGAUCAGCAAUGGCUCAUCUUUGGGGGAAAGCAGCUUAAAUUCACACGCCGGCUGUCCAAUUAUAACAUUACAAAUGAUUAUACUCUACAUCUUGUUCUCAAACACAAAGGCGAUAAGCCAGUUAUAUACCUAUUUACCCCUCUUCCCUUGAAAGAAACUGUGUGA